AUGUCUGCCGAGAAGAGACCCCAGAACUACGAGUCUGAUGCUGAGGACGUUUCGUCUGAGGAGCAGCAAUAUCAGGCUCCCCCUCCACAACAGCGCCGACGAGGCCAGCGCACACAGCAAAGGCAACAACCACAGCAGCAGCAGCAAGGCGGUGGGCUCCUAGGGGGUCAAGGAGGAGGCCCGCUUCAGCAGGUUGGCCUAGAUGGUGUCGGCCAGACAGCUGGUGGUCUAGUUAACGGUGCCACCGGUGCUCUUGGUGGCAUCGCUGGCAAUGCCGUCGGACAGCAAGGAGGAGACAGCGGCGGCAAGAGUGAUACUCUCCGUCUGCGUCUGGACCUGAACCUGGAUAUUGAAAUCACCUUGAAGGCGAAGAUUCAUGGUGACCUCGAGCUCGCCCUACUGUAA